GUCCCGGCCCCCGGCUCCGCCCGGUCCCUCCCCGCCUUUUAGGCGCCCGCCCGGCUGGGACAUCCCAGUCCCGCUUGGUCCUCCUCGCCGGCCACCCGUGCGCCCAGUUCAUCCAGUCCGCACUGCCUGCCCGUCGGCCCGCCCCCCACCGCAGCCAUGGACGCGAUCAAGAAGAAGAUGCAGAUGCUAAAGCUGGACAAGGAGAAUGCCAUCGACCGCGCCGAGCAGGCCGAGGCCGACAAGAAGCAGGCUGAGGACCGCUGCAAGCAGCUGGAGGAGGAGCAGCAGGCCCUCCAGAAGAAGCUGAAGGGGACAGAGGAUGAGGUGGAAAAGUAUUCUGAGUCCGUGAAGGACGCCCAGGAGAAACUGGAGCAGGCUGAGAAGAAGGCCACCGACGCUGAGGCAGAUGUGGCCUCCCUGAACCGCCGCAUUCAGCUGGUAGAGGAGGAGCUGGACCGGGCACAGGAGCGCCUGGCUACAGCCCUACAAAAGCUGGAGGAAGCUGAGAAGGCAGCUGAUGAGAGUGAGAGAGGAAUGAAGGUCAUUGAAAACCGAGCCAUGAAGGAUGAGGAAAAGAUGGAGCUGCAGGAGAUGCAGCUGAAGGAGGCCAAGCACAUCGCCGAGGAUUCAGACCGCAAAUAUGAGGAGGUGGCCAGGAAGCUGGUGAUCCUGGAAGGAGAGCUGGAGCGCUCAGAAGAAAGAGCCGAGGUGGCUGAGAGCCGAGCCAGGCAGCUGGAGGAGGAGCUCCGAACCAUGGACCAGGCCCUCAAGUCCCUGAUGGCCUCAGAGGAGGAGUAUUCCACCAAAGAAGAUAAAUAUGAAGAGGAGAUCAAACUGCUGGAGGAGAAGCUAAAAGAGGCUGAGACCCGAGCAGAGUUUGCCGAGAGGUCUGUGGCAAAGUUGGAGAAGACCAUUGAUGACCUGGAAGACGAAGUCUAUGCACAGAAGAUGAAGUACAAGGCCAUCAGUGAGGAGCUGGACAACGCACUCAACGACAUCACCUCCCUCUGAGCCCCACGCCAGUGUGGCCCCCUCAGCCCCUUUUCUCCUCUCCUUUCCACUCUCUUUGUGGGGAGGGGGCAGUCAGGAGGAACAAAGUUGUCAGCAUCGCACAGCCAGGCUGGGUGCAGCCUUGGAGAAGCCCCACCACACCUGCCGCCCACCCUGGCACUUGCUUCAUCCUUCUAUCCAACCACUCACUCCACCCUCCAGCCUCUACCUCUUUCUGCUGCUUAAUAAACUCAACUUGGUCUCCAUGCUGUC